CGUGAAUUGAACCAAAACAUUGCGUGAAUGGUCUUUUUCAAAAAAUAAAAAUUUCCCAAAAAUUAAGAAGAUGUCGAUGGAUCUAAAAGUCGAUAAUCCUGUACCGGUAAAGGACAUAACCGACGAAGAAGAAGAUUUGCCAAAACGGAGUUUAUAUAUAUUUGGCACGGAUGUCUCACAAAUUCCCUGUUUUCGGAGUUCGUGGCUUUAUGGCAUCAGCGGAGGAAUUGGAAUAGGGUUAAUUACCUUCAUGAGAACUUCGCGAGGUAAUUUUUCAUGGAAUGUCGGGGUAGGAUCACUUUGCGCCAUUACCGUCGCAUAUUGGAUUCCGUGUCGGUAUUUGUAUUCUAAAAGUGCUAUCGAGUAUGCGAAGUUGCAAAAAGGCAUCAGAGCAGCUGCUGUGUACGAAGGAUCCGCACUUGAGAAGGAAGUUAUGGAAAAAAGUGAAGAUGUGUGAAAGUUAGGCGACUUUUUUAUUAGAAAAUUUUAAUAAAACUUGAAAUAUUUAGAAAAAAAAU